AUGCUGAACAAGGAUACAGAGAAAGACACUAAACACUAUGCGGAAGACAUUGGUGGAUCAGUGGAAGAAACCUCCGCAACUAGAUCCAGUUCCGCAAAGGCUCGACAUGUCUACGCCGUGAUAUACAAGACGCCUCCUCGACAUUGCAUCCCAUACUUCCCAGAAGAACACGAAGAGGAAGUCCUAGAAUUAUACGAGGAGCUCGAGGAUGCAAAUAACAGGGUGCGAAGGGAAUGGGAGGAAUAUGGUGAUGCUCUAGGCUGGGAUGUCGAGGUGUCCUUUGAUGGCGGGCGUAACAUGUGGAGGGUCAAGGAUUAUGAAGGUUUGUCGACUGGUGUUCGUGUCUCUAUCAAGGAGUGUGAGGUGAAGAUGUCUGGAUCUGAGCCUGCGCCAGAGCCAACGGGGCCAGUGCCAAGUGAAGAGACAUGCAGUCUAUUGGGGAUAGGUGAGGGCCUUUGCAAAGUUCCAAUUAUGGCUAGACUAUUGCACCAAGAGUACGAACGCGUGUCAUGA